GGAGCUUGCGCUGGCAACGACCUGCGGGACAGGGCAGGUAGACGACAGCCUGAUCUGAGACUUGCUAUAAAGAUCGACUACGUUGGCAACAAUUGGGCUGCUCUGGUCGGCAAUGCGCACACUUAACCUUCCACCGCCUCCCACCGCCACAAUGAAGACCUCAGCACUUGCCACCUUGUUCCUGGGCCAUCUAGCCGCCUGUGGCACUGUCCUUUGGGACGGCCGCUUCAACGACUUCACUUCCGCUGCAGACCUCGACAAGUGGUCUUGGUCAAACCAGGUCGGCCCUUACCAGUGGUACAUCAAGGGCAACGGUCCCACUUCCGAAUAUGUCAGCCUGUCCAGCAGCUACAAGAACCCGGCCGACUCGGCCUCAAAGCAGGGCGUCAAGAUCAGCCUGACCAACUCGGCAUACUGGAACGGGCAAAAUAUGCGCCGGACCGAGCUCAUCCCCCAAACCAAAGCGGCCAUUGCCUCCGGAAAGACGCGAGAGCACCAAAUCGCCUUUUUCGAGAGCCAUUUCACCGAGCUCAAAUCUGGCUGGCUGAGCGGUGCCAGCGGCACCACUGACCCGGCCUUGCGCUGGAUGGUUGGCGGUGUCACCAAGUGGAGCGUCGAUUGGGCGGCCGAUGUGUGGCACAACUGCGCUUACGAGAUUGACUUCAACGCCCGCACCGUCGGCUUCUGGCACUCGACGGGCUCUGCCGAUCUGGUUCAGACUGUUGCUCCCGUCAGUGCAUCGCCUUCGAGCAACGGUGCCGACUGGCACUUGGGGGUCCUUGAGCUCCCUCGCAGCGGGUAUGCCGACAGCAACGAGGACUUCUACUUCAGUGGAGUGUAUAUUGAGAGCGGCAGUGUCACCAAGUCCGUCACAGGUCCCAGCUGAGCGAGAGGCCGCCUGUUGAGUACAUAAAUUCGCCUAUCAGUGCAAUAGCUGAAGCAUAAGUUGCACCCCACUCCGUAGAGUGAAAAUGAAAUAAGCACCAUUGUUUUUGUGCCUACUCGACUGAAGGAAAAUGACAUCUGUACAGCGGGUUGUGCCGGCAUAGCGUGGGCGGCAGCGUUUGUGCCUGCUUGAGUAAACCGAAAGCAAAUUUCAAGCUAUUGCAGAA